AUGUGGUGGAAACAUGAUGGUGGCAGCUUUGAAGCAGAUUUGAAACCAUUUAGGGAUGAUGGAGAUGCUGUUGAGCUGGGUGUGUAUGCGUAUGCAAAUGAUGUUGAUGUUGAGAUAUAUAGUGAGGAAAAACCAGAGACAGGAGAGGCAACAUUCAUGGAGAAGGUUAGAGAAAAAGGAAAGGGAAGAAAGAGAGAUGAGGUUGAGUAUGAAUCUAGUGAUGAAUCAGUCAAGGAUGUACACUUUGAAGACAGUGAGGAGGAAAGGAUAGAGGAAUCUGAUGAUGGGAUUGAAGUUGAAGAUGAUGGUGUAGAUGAAGGUAUUCAUGGAGGUGAUAGAGAAGGGCACGCAGAAGGAGCUGAUGAUGGGCAGGCUAGUGAAAAGCCAGAUAACAUUUUUAUCACAGAUGAGAUGGGUAAAGAGCAUGUAAUUGAUGAAGAAUACAUCACUAAUGAACUGGAUAGUGGGGCAGAUGAUGACAGUUGUGAUGAUAAACCAACUACAAUUAGGUUCAAAGAAGAUGAUGGUUUAAGUAAGAACUUCAAAUUCAAGGUUGGGAUGGAAUUCUCUUCACUCAAACAGUUUAAGAAAGUAGUCCUAGAGCACAAUGUGUUGAAUGGGAGAGAAGUGAAGUUUGAAAAGAAUGAUGCUGAUAGGUGUAGGGUGGUAUGUAAUGAAAAGAAGAUAUGUAACUAUACUGUCUUGUGUAGUAGGGUUUUGAAGACUACCACUUUUAGGAUCAAGACUUUGUUUCACAAACACAAGUGUGGAAGGCAUUUCUUUAACAAAAGUGCCAAAGCUGAAUGGGUUGCAAAGGUGAUAGUUGAUGGUUUGAAGAACAAUACAAAAAUGAAGUUGAAUGAGGUUGUGGCAGAUGUAAGACUUAAGUAUGCAACUGAAAUUCCUGGAUGUAGAGCUUUCAAAGCAAGACAGUUGGCUAGAAGAAUAGUGGAAGGUGACUCUAGCAAGCAGUAUAGUUUAUUAUGGUCAUAUGGUGCUGAGUUGAGAAGAGCAUCAUCAGGAAAUAAUUUCAAGUUAAACACUAUGACACCUGCUCCUGGGCUGCAACCUAGAUUUGAGAGAUGUUACAUGUGCUUUGAUGGAAGCAAAAAGGCUCUGAUAAAAGCUUGCAGAACUUUCAUUGGUUUAGAUGGCUGUCAUUUGAAAAACAAGUAUGGUGGUAUACUACUAAUUGCAGUUGGAAGUGACCCUAAUGAUCAAUACCUGCCUAUUGCUUUUGGUGUUGUGGAGACAGAAUCAAAGGACACUUGGAGUUGGUUUAUGAAGUUGCUCAUUGAUCCGCUGUCGCGCGCGGGUCAAAAACGAGUUGUUUAG